GGGGGUCCAGUGCUUGCGGCAGCCAUCAACACGGGGGUUCGCUUCUUUUUCCUCCCCACCCCAACUCCUCAGGUUGUUGUCGCGUCUCUCCAGUUCAGAGGCACCGUGCGAUUCUCCUUCAUCACACAAGCAAGGCCGGUGAAGAGACAGAAGCAGCCAAACAAUCGUCAUGGAGGCGCGGAAGAGAAGGAAAGGAAGGAAGGAGGAGGCGAAGCAGAGGAGGAGCAGUGCUGGGGCAACUUUGGCCGAGGAGCAGUGUGGGCGCUGCUAGAGGCAGGGCACAAAGUGGAACAGGGAGUGGUGGGAGUGAUGUGCGGGCAGCCAGGAAUGGACAGUGCUGGCGUUAGCUCCUCUGCUGCUACAGGUGUCGCAUUCCUAUUGGCCCUCGCCGAUGCCAACAACCUUUCGCUCUCUCCAGCGGAGCUCAUUGAGCUGGACAGGCUUAUAGAGAACGGUUUCCUUGGUUUGAGGAACGGAGUGUUGGACCAAUCAGCAAUCGUCCUUUCAAAAUCCGGCCACCUCACUCGCAUCUGGUGCCAGGAUCGUCGACACGACUUCAUUCCACUCCCUGCGGGGACACCAUCUGACCCCAAUGAACAAGCUCCCCUCCCCACAGUCGCCUUCAUCUUGGCCUUCUCAGGCAUGCAGGCGGCCCUCGCUUCCUCCUCGGGCUACAACAACCGUGUGCAGGAGUGCCAGGAAGCUGCCAGGAUGCUUCUCGUUGCAGCAGGACUGGAUGUGCCCUCCGCUCCUGUUCUUUCGCAAGUGCCUCUUCACGUCUUGGAGGCCCACAAGGACCACCUACCUGAGGCGCUGCGCCGCCGCACAACACACUUCUUCUCAGAGAGCGCGCGAGUGCUGCAGGGCGCUGAGGCUCUGCAGCAAGGCGACUGGCAGCUGUUUGGGCGCCUGAUGUCGGAGUCGGGGCAGAGCUCCAUCGACCUCUAUGAGUUCAGUGGUGCAGGCUUUAGGGGGUGCUGUGUGGCGCUCGUGGAGCGAGAGAAGGUUGCUGAUGUGGCGCGCCACGUGGCGGAAGAGUAUUCGCGGAGACAGCCUGAGCUGGCUGCAGCGUGUCAGAAAGAUAGCAUGGUGGUGGUGUGUGAUAUAAGCGACGGUGCUAGGAUUGUUUGA